CCCGACCCGACCUGGAUCCAGCAAUACCGACCCGGAACCGAAAAUUUGAAAUUACCCUAUAAAAUCCUAAAUUCUUAGAUCCGAAAAACCCGAAUUCGAAAGGAUCUGAUCCGAACCUGACCCGACGAUCCGAAUGCCCAGGCCUAGCCGCCAACAUCAGACUUCUACAUUCAUCCAUCUUCAAGCAGCAACACAAGCUCCACGAAGGGUCUCCUCCUUCUAUGUAUCCACGUUAGAAUCUCGACCCGAACUUUAUCCUCCUAUCCUCCUAAUUCUCUCUUUGUUCGAUUUCAAUACAUUUCCACCUGGAAUAGUCAAGGGAACGGAACCUAGUUAUGGAUUCACUGUGUCUCGGCAUUGAAACCGGCUUUUGCAUCACACCCUCAGAACCAGACCUUCCUGUUUCGGGUGAUUUUGGGGAGUUCAUGCUCUUUCGCUUAUCACAAUCCAAACGACCAGACCAUAAACACCUCUGCGCUGUGAUCGACGAGCUAUCAAAAGCUCUAGCGGAAGGUAAUCAUAGCCGAACCCCCGUGGCUUACUUCGCCGCCACGUGUAGCUCCCUAGACAGCCUCCUGUCUGCAGAUGCUGAACUACCUCUGGACGUAGUCCAGCCACAUGUUGUCAUCCUCUCCCUUGUCUUCCCUAAAGUCUCAGCUGGAGUAUUGAAGAGGAAUGGUUUGGCCUUGCAUCUCGUCCUCAGCGUUCUGCGUCUAGGAUCAGUUACACCUGAAUGCUUGAUCUCGGCAUUAAAGUGUUUAGUUCAUCUCCUCACAACAUCCGUUGAGUCACUGAUGGGGAAUGAAGUCUCUGAAGCCUAUAGCAUCUUGCUGAAUCUUGUAACUCAUUCAGACGGAAAGACAUCCCGUGGUACAAGGACCUGUCAUUCAGUGAGUGGAACUAUCGCAGAAUCGUUCCAGAAACAUUUAGACCUCGCUCAUAAGUCAGAAGCGCGCUCUGCCGAAGGAGCACAGCAAGUGCUCUACCUUCUCAGCCCUCUAAAAGAAUGCUUGGCCUUGAUGUCGAAGAAACAUAUAGCUACCGUGAUUGAGGGAUUUAAGAUGCUGAUGAUUACGCGCGACGCAUUUAUUACAAGGCCAGUUAUAGACUCUUUGAAUGCUUUUUGUCUCAAUCCAACAUCUGAGGUUACGGCUGAGGCGCUGGUGGAAGUGUUGUAUCACGCGGCUGUACUGUUCUCGGCGCCGGAAACCUCUGCUGAUGCCAUGACCUCCACAGCACGCUUGAUGAAAGUUGGGAUGGUGAGGGCUUUUUCUCUAAACAGAGAUGUUUGCGUGGUUAAGCUUCCUGGUGUGUUCAAUGGUCUGAAAGAUAUUAUUGCGUCUGAACAUGAGGAGGCAAUCUUUGCAGCAACAGAUGCGUUGAAGAGUUUGAUAUGUUCAUGCAUUGAUGAAAGCUUGAUCAGAGAAGGCGUCAAUGGAAUCCGGAAUUCAAACUUGGAUGUAAAGAAGUCUAGUCCAACAGUCAUUGAAAAGCUUUGUGCAACGGUUGAAAGCUUGCUUGAUUACAAGUACCAUGCGGUCUGGGACAUGGCUUUUCAAGUUGUUUCGACCAUGUUCAAUAAAUUAGGGGAAGAAUCUUCUUAUUUUAUGAGGAAGACCCUUGAGGACUUAUCAGAUAUGCAAGAUUUACCUGAUGAAGGCUUUCCUUAUAGGAAGCAGUUGCAUGAGUGUGUAGGAUCAGCCCUUGGUGCUAUGGGACCUGAAACAUUUUUAAACAUUGUGCGUUUAAACCUUGAGGCGAAUGAUCUGUCUGAGGUAAACGUUUGGCUCUUCCCAAUCCUGAAGCAAUACACAGUUGGAGGACGGCUAAGUUUCUCCACAGAGACUAUUUUUAGAAUGAUCGAAAUAAUGAGCCAUAAAGCUCAACAGCUCAAGCUACAAGGUCUUACUGCAGCAUCUAGGAGUGUGGAAUCUCUCGUUUACUCAUUAUGGGCGUUGUUACCUUCAUUUUGUAAUUAUCCUGUGGAUACUGUGGAGAGCUUUGAGGAUCUGGGGCGAAUAUUGUGUGGAGCUCUCCAAACGCAGGCUGAAACCCGUGGAGUUAUAUGCACCAGUUUGAAUAUUCUGAUUCAACAAAAUAAGGAUGUUGUGGAGGGUAAGGAAGUACCUGUCAGUGAUGCAAUCCCUGAGUUGGUUCGAGCUAGCGCUCCUUAUGAUUCACACAGUGCGGCAGCUAAUUUGGAAGUUAUACGGUCGUGUGCUCCUAAGUUAUUGGAUGUUUUGUCAAAGAUAUUUCAUGAAUCUGCCAAAGAUGAUGGCGGUUCUCUUCAGUCUGCGAUAGGGAAUUUGGCUUCCAUAGCGGAGAAGAAGACUGUUUCAAAGCUACUUUUCAAGACACUGCGAGAGCUUUUAAUGGCUAGAAAAACUGCCAUUGCAGAAGAUGAAAGCUCUGUUAGUGGGAUGGAGGUGGAUAAUACAGCAGACAAAAAUUCUUCUUCCAACCUUAGGGCAAGGUUGUUGAUCUGUUAGUUUCUCUUUUGCCUGGUUUGGAUGGUCAAGAAGUGGAUACCGUAUUCAGUUCCUUGAAGCCUGCAAUGCAGGUUUGUAAACUGAUUUAUUGUUCUGGGUGUGGCUGUGAUUUAUCCUUCUAUAUGAAGCUGCGUUUGGUGACUUGUGUUGAUGAAUAGUACAUGCUGAUGUGUAUCUUUAAACUGCGGGAUCCCAAGGGACAAAUUCAAAAGAAAGCCUACAAAGUUCUUUCAGUUAUCUUGAAGAGUUCUGAUGGAUUUGUUUCAAAGAACCUCAAAGAGUUACUUGAGCUGAUGCACAAUAUAUGCCAUGUCUCUGCUAAGCGCCAUAAACUUGAUUGCUUAUACUUCCUGUUAGCUUAUGCGUCAAAGACGGAUAAUUUAAAGGCGAGAAAGGACAUUGUUUCUUCAUUUCUACCCGAAGUUAUACUUGCUUUAAAGGAGGUA